GCGUCACGGUGACGCAAUGACGCAGAGGUCGUCACUACGUCACUUCCUGUUUAAACAUGGCCGUGCGCUGACAAAUGUCACAUUGCUUCUGCUGCUGAAACAUUCAGUUAUUAACGUUCAUUAUAUCAUCUGUACGGCGGAUAUAGAGGAGGCCACAUCUGGGAAGACUUUAGCUUUAGUUCGUUCAACAUCAGACGAGGAUAAUCCAGCCAACACCAUGGUUCAUUUAUCAUCACUCCUGCUAAAGAAGUACCACGGGGGUUACGUCGUCAUCCGAUUGGCUCUUGCAGGACACAAACAAGCCAACAGACCCUUUUAUCGCAUUGUGGCAGCUUACAACAAAAGGGCAAGAGAUGGUAAAUAUUUAGAGCAGCUGGGUUCCUACGACCCCCUACCGAACACCUACAACGAGAAACUUGUCAGCUUCAACUUUGACCGGAUCAAGUACUGGAUCGGCUGUGGCGCACACCCUACAAAGCCAGUGGCCAAACUUCUAGGGUUGGCAGGAUUUUUCCCUCUGCACCCGAUGACGAUAACAGAGGCAGAGCGUCGAAGAGCCCAAACGGAGCUGACAGCAACAGGAACAGAAGAUGAUCUGCAGGAGGCACAGAAGGAGGCUGAAGUGUGAUCAUUAAAGCUGUGGACUAUGUGUGACUGUCCAGUACAAAAGGAGGUCACAGUUAUACAGUAUAGAAGGAACUGAUUGAUUUGUUUCCUAACUUGUUGGGUGGACUGCUCUUACUGUAGCAGCGUCAGAUAUGGCAUAUUGUAGUUCUAGUUGCUUUUAAUAGCAGCUAUGGACACUUCUCUGAUUCUCGAUAAACUCAAUAGCUUCAGGUUAUGUUUUUGAGAGUGUAGUGCCAUAACAGGCAGUUUGUAUUUACUGUUUUAUUUGACUUAAAUAAAGUAUUUCAAUAUUAUUGCAUUUGGUUGCGGUUAAGGCUUUUUCAGACCUUUACAGACAGUUAGUUUGCUUUACUUUGAACCUGACUCAUGAACUGCUAUAUCUAUAAGUGCUAUCGUUUCUUUUGUCUGUCUUCUUUCUUUUUUUGGCCUGCAUAUAUUUAAAUGUGCACGCAUGAAUCAAUAGUGACGUCAGUAAUGUCAAACACAAGAAAAGAAAGAAAUCAGAAGUGGGUUGGUUUGCUGAUACGAAUACUUAGUUCCUUAUUGGCUCAUUAGCAAAUUCUCCACCUGUAUGCUGAACUGUGUGUUAUGGAAACCUUUGUAAACUAGAAACUUAUUGUUCACUUACAGAAGUCACGUAAUGUUUGACAACAUUUUUGGAAUCAUGAUACAGUACUGUAAUUCAUGUUUUUACUGUUUCAAAGGAAACAAAGCUGAGUGCCGUUUUUUUUUUCUCAUUAGAGUCAACAUUUACAGAUCAAGUUCAGGUACCAUCAAUCAUGUUGUAAGCUCUAACUUGUAUUGAUGACCACCAAAAUGCAUAAUAAAUCAUAGA